AUGGCGCUCGCAGUGGGCGCGCUCUCCUGUCGCCGUCCAUUCCCCUUCAAAGGAGGUCAUAACAUUUGCGGUAAAGAACACAAAGAGGAAAAGGAGAAGUUUUCAGAACGAGUCAGAGGAUUCGCUGUUGGUGCACCAAGGAGUGCUGUUCUUCAGGCUUGCACCCUGACAUCGGGCUUGUUGGUUGCCGGAGGGCUUCUGCUUCGCCAGGCAUCACACCUAGCAGCUUUAAAUGGAUGGCCAAUAACUGAUCCUUCAGAUGUGUCAUUCAAUUUUGAAACUUGGCAUCUUGAGUUGAUUGCGGGACUUGUAAUAGUAAUCUCCUCUAGCAGAUACAUUCUGCUACAAACAUGGUCAGAUUUUAGAGAUUCCAGUGAAGCUGCAAACAGACAAAUCCUUACAUCUCUAGAGCCUCUCGACUACAUUGUUGUUGCUUGUCUCCCUGGGAUAAGUGAGGAGUUGCUCUUUCGAGGGGCAAUGAUGCCUAUCUUGGGAUUGAACUGGAUUAGUGCCCUUAUAAUCGGAACCAUUUUUGGUGUUCUUCACUUGGGCAAUGGCAGGAAAUAUUCAUUUGCAAUCUGGGCAACAUUUGUUGGCUUUGCCUAUGGUAUAGGAACCAUAGCUUCCUCGAGCACUAUAGUUCCAAUGGCUUCUCACUCCAUAAACAAUAUUAUUGGAGGUUUACUUUGGCGCUAUACAAAGAACUCACAGAACUCUGAGACUGUCAGAUUCAGACCCUGGGCAGACAAAAUAAGCAAGUGCCAUGAAAAUCAGGCCCUGCUUCAUUGUGGGCAGACAAAAACAAGUUCAUUUCAUCGUCAUGUAAGCCACAUCAUAACAAAUGAAGAAGUCAAGGCGUUGAUGAAGAAGAACUAUAAAUUUAAAUGGGAAAUGCCUGCUGUGGACAUUCCAAGGUCCAAAUGGGUUGGAACCGUAGUUGGUUGAAGCCUGCAUCCAAAGCCGAGUCCUCAAGAUGGCUAAGCAAGGCGCUUAGCCAGCCUGCCACCGUCACAUCAAAUCUUGCAAUACAUGCAUAAAGUAUUAAAUAUAGAUGAAAACA